AUGAAUAAAUUACAACGACGUAAAAAUGCUACUAGUACCAACGAAAAGAAAUUAUUAAAAUCAUAUGAAAAUAAUGAGAAUUUUGCUGAAGAAAAGUCGUCAUUAAAAUCAUUUGCUAAUCAAACUUUGUUAUUAAGUAUUUUGAUUUUAUUCAGGAUAAUAAAUGCUAUAUGUACAAAGACAUAUUUCAAUCCCGAUGAAUAUUGGCAAUCAGUUGAAGUUGGUCAUUAUAUGGUUUUUGGAUAUCCUAAACAGCAAAAGAUUCGAAGCAUUGCUCACCCUCUAUUAUUCGCAAUACUUUAUGAAAGUUUGGCAUUUUUCGGUCUCGACAAAGGAUAUUUGCUUAUAUAUGCUCCAAGAAUUUUUCAAGCAAUAUUUGCAGCCAUUGGAGAUUUUUAUACUUAUCGAUUAGCGAGGAAAUUAUUUAACGAUCCAACAGCAAAUUGGACUCUAUUUUGUUCUAUCAUUUCUUGGUUCAAUUUCUUUUGUUCAAUAAGGACGUUAUCUAAUAGCAUUGAAACAGUACUUACCAUUAUAGCAUUAUAUUAUUGGCCAUGGCCCACCUUUUCAAAUUUAAUAAGUUGGAAUGACCGAAUAAAGAUAUUACGCGUUUCACUAAGUUUAGCAGCGGUUUGUUGUAUCCUUCGCCCAACUAAUGCUAUUAUCUGGGGAUUCCUCGGCAUACAUUUAUUAUGGAACACAAAAGAGCAUCUCAAUUCCAUUAUCUUAAACACCCUGUUUAUCACGGUUCUUUCGAUUUUGGCCAUGACCUUGACUGACUAUACAUUUUAUGGUGAAGUUGUUUUUGUACCUAUGAAAUUUUUAUAUGUUAACGUGGUACAAUCAAUUUCAUUGUUUUAUGGUUCACAUCCUUGGCAUUGGUAUUUAUCACAGGGGAUGCCAUUCAUAACCACCACAUUAAUGCCAUUCGUAUUCAAAGGCAUAUAUGAUUUGAUCAACAACAAUCACCUUGUUCAUCACCAAUCCAUUAAAACAUUAAUCUGGUUAAUGGCAUUUGUAAUAUUUUGUUAUAGUUUAUUAAGUCAUAAAGAAUUUCGGUUUAUAUAUCCAUUGUUACCUAUAAUGAUCAUUUGUGCGGGAUAUUGUUUACAAGAAAUUUCUUUAAAGUACCAAAAGAAAAUAAGAAUAGUAGUGAUUUUUUUGGUCCUUACCAAUGUACCAGUGGCUUAUUACACUAAUUUCGUACAUCAACGUGGUGUUGUGGAUGUUAUGAAUUAUUUAAGAAAUGAAGCUGAAUUGGGGAAAGUUCGUGAAAUUGGAUUUUUGAUGCCUUGUCAUUCUACCCCAUUUUAUAGUAAUUUGCAUUUUAAUGUAUCUAUGUUUUACUUAACUUGUGAUCCUCCCUUAAAUAGGGACCAAGUUAAUUAUGUUGAUGAGGCUGAUCAAUUUUAUGCUAAUCCACAUGAAUUCCUCAUCAAAAAUUUUCAUUCAAUAUCACCAUCAUCUGAAAAAUAUAUUGAUUCAAAACUUCGUAAAUGGCCAAAUUAUUUGGUAAUUUUCGAAGCUUUAUUAAAUGAUUUAACUCCCUUUUUAAAAGAUUCCGAUUAUAAAGAAGUAAGUCAUCUUUGA